AUGUCUUUAACACAACUAAGUCUUCGCUAUUUCCCUGAACUUCACUUACUUAUCACCACCUUGCGUCGCUACUACAGGCUAUCCAUCACAUGGCUUUACGCCCAGCUGUUUUUCAUUGAGUCAAAAUCCCGGUUUUUCAUGUUUGUAAACUUCAUUUGUGUCACCUUCACCACCAUCAACCUCCAAAUGAUCUGGUUAGCUUGUCAUAUGAUAACCUUCGCCAGUACAUUUCUCCUUAUAGGUGAAAUACUCCGGUACCAUCGAUGGAACGAUCAUUCCUACGAGGUUUCCAUUUGUGCUUCCACCUUAACUUACCUUAUCGUUACCACCAGACACUAUAGGCUCCUCACAGGGACAAAGGACCAUCCCAUGCCCAUCACCGACCUAUUACGGUCAGAUAAUACCUUCCUUUUGGCAUUAGCGAUGGUGGCCUUAACUUCGGCCCCCAAUCCUUUCAAAGUGGUGCCCUUCGCUUCAUAUUCCCUCCUUAACAUGUACAUUGCCAUGAUUGAGGAAUUUUUUAGCGACACCUUACCUGCCACCAUUUUACGUCCAUAUGUCGCCAUAGUUGAACAGAAAGUAUUGGUUUUGUGUACUAUGAGUGAAUUUGUGUUAUUUCCUAUAUAUAUGGGCGAAUACUUAAUCCGUGGACAUCUUCAUGGGUUGGUGUACUUGCUUAUCAUGGCCAUGAGAUUGGAGACAUCGGAGAAUGUUCGCACCAUCGCUCGCUACGUCGCGGAGAUGAUUACUACCAUGCUCGCUAUUUUAGGGAUCGAUGGUAGUAGACUUAGCGAGGAUGUCGGUAUUUUACUACCACCAGCUCGGCCUAAAAAAGUAAGGGUAGCUUCGUUAAAUUUUGAAACCAUUGAAGUAAUCAAUGAUUUGAACUAA